GGUCUUCUUUCCCCGCCGAUUCUUCCAAGCCCGUUCCCUUGGCUGUGGUUUCGCAGGAUGGUAGAUAGGGACAGUGGGAAUCUCGUUAAUCCAUUCAUGCGCGUCACUAAUUAGAUGACGAGGCAUUUGGCUACCUUAAGAGAGUCACAGUUACUCYCGCYGUUUACCCGCGAUUGGUUGAAUCUCUUCACUUUGACAUUCAGAGCACUAGGCAGAAAUCACAUUGCGUCAACAUCCGUUGGGACCAUCGCAAUGCUUUGUUUUAAUUAAACAGUCGGAUUCCCCUUGUCCGCACCAGUUCUGAGUCGGCAGUUUGAUGCUUAGGGAGAGUCCCACGGCCCCACCCGAAAGGUGGGGACAUAAGACAUUCUACGUCCAUCAGCACACUGGCAUGCGGGCUCCGCCCUCGCCGCGAGAGCAGCUCGGGCACACCACCGGCAGCCAACGACAUCGAGGCGCAGACCCCUAGGCCCADCCCUCAGAGCCAAUCCUUUUCCCAAGGUUACGGAUCCAUAUUGUCGACUUCCCUUACCUACAUUCUUCCUUUGACCAGACGCUACUCACCUAGGAGACCUGAUGCGGUUAUGAGUACGGUCGGGCGUGAGAGGUACCCGCAGCUCCUGAUUUUCAAGGGUCGUCGGUGGCGCGCUGGACACCACAGGACGCGCGGUGCUUUGCCGGGCGCUGCACCCUAUCUCCGGUUGAUCCGAUUCCAGGGUGGGCGAGCCGUCAAGAAGGAAARAGAACCCUCCCCACGGCCCCUGCCGGCAUCUCCGGAGCUGCUUACGUUACCGUCCACCUCCACAACCCGGUUCGGGAAUAUUAACCCGGCCCCCUUUCGAUAUGCGGCGCGCAGUGCGCCCUUGAUACAAGGUUUCCACAUCUCUUAGGGCCGACUGACCCAUGUCCAAGCGCUGUUCACAUGGAACCCUUCUCCACUUCGGUCUUCAAAGUUCUCAUUUGAAUAUUUGCUAC